GCCCUCAGCUUGGAUGAUUAUGACUUAGAAACGUCCGUAACUUUUAUUCUCCCAAUUUCUGCUUGCAAGCAAGUUGAUCGCGAGAUAAAUACUUAGUGUCCGUACCCGGUUGGCAGACGACCAACUAGGUGUGUGUUUAUGUAUCAACUGUAAUGACAGAACCGUUUUAGUUAGGCAUAAACAUCUCUUGCAGUAUUAAUAGCCUUCUAUGGUCAUAGCUCCUGAAGAAAUUGAACCGUUGAUGGGUUCCUGUCGACAACGCCAUGAUCUGCGGAAGAAGCGCUCAGAAUGAGCACGGCCGUUGCCGUUGCUUGACAUCGCCAAGCCACAGCGCCACCAUCGCUUCCGCGUCUUGUCUUCGCGUUAUCCCCCUAAGAGCCUGCUUCGCAGAUAUUUCUUCUUGCGUUCCGAGACAGAUAAGAUGCUUUGAUCAAUAUACUCAGACAUACGACUGCACCUCGCUUCUGACCCGAGAAAAAGUGAUCGAAACAAUCAUGGCGAUCUGUAUCACGUUUGGAAUGCAGGAGUUUACCUCCAGACUGCAGGGUUACGAGAAUGUCAGAGCGUAUUGCUAUAACUGCCAACAUUGGGAUGCCUACUGUAUCACCAGAUGGCCUUGGUUCACAGUCUGCUUCAUUCCUGUCAUUCCACUCGCUUUCCACAAGUAUAAGGAAGUCACGUGCGCUAGAUGUCGCUUUACUCAAGACCUUAGGGAUCGGCCCGACAUAACUCCACAAACAGCCCCUCCGCCUGGGUACGUCUAUUAUCCCCCCAUGGCGCCGGGAGCGAUGGGAACUAUGGGACCUCCUGGGCCUCCUGGGCCUCCUCCAGCCGCAAGUGGUGCCAUUCCACCUCCACAACCUGCAGCCCAGAAGAGGUACGCUUGAUACGAAUGUAAACAUAAGCAUGGAACGGACGGGGUAUUAUCGCUUGUGUCGCUUUAUGGUGUUUCCGUUAUGCCGCUCUGUUAUCUUCCUUCUAUAUUCCCGCGCGGGGACAAAUUAGACGCCCGACAGCUACUCUGACAUGAUAUUUUUCUCCUUACCGCAGAACCUGACUAUGUAGAAUAUUGCAAGUUAUAUUUUAUUGGUCCACCCUCUCAUUACUGAUUUAGUCUAUAACAG